AUGAGCGAUUAAGAGGAAAAGAAGGAAUGUAAAAUUUAGAAUUCUGAUAAGAAAUAAAUGCAGUUAGAAGACUACUUAAGCGAUAAGCAAGCAGGUUAAUACUAGCUUUGCAAUUAGCAAUUUCAGAAUGAUGAAGUUAUAGUGCAUGCAGGAGUAACAGAUUAAAAUGAAAAUAUAAUUUUUGUUUUUGGGAAAUAUUUGCCAAACCCUGGCUUGAAAAAAGAAUAUAAUUAGUUUAAAAGGUAUUUCUAUUUUUUUCUAGACGAGCUUGUUGAUCAAAAAUACUACCUGUUUUAUUUCCACACAGACCUUUCAAGUUACUCUUACAUUCAAACUAUGUAUAAUGUAAUGAAAAAGCUUCCUGAAAAAUACUAUAAUAAUCUUAAGAGCUUUUAUAUAGUUAAUCCUACUUUUUUAGUUAAAUCUUAUAACUUUUUUAGCACGCCAAGCUGUCUCAAAAAUAAAAUAGAGUAUUUAAAAUCGCUGAGAAAUGUAUAUGAUCUCGAUUUUUUUAAAGUAUCUUUUUAUAAAAAGAUAUAAAAUUAUGUUAAAACCUUCAAUAAUUAAGAUCAAAAACUUUAAAAAUCUAAAAGCUAAGAUGAUGAUAAAAAAGAUAAAUUAUUUGGCUUAGGUCUUGAUGAUUUAGAGCUCAACGAUUAGUAGAUCCCUAAAAUAAUUAUUGAGUUUAUAAAUUAUUUUAAAGAAGUUGAGGACCAUAUAAAAGAGCCAGGUAUUUUUCGUAAGGCUCCUAGAGAAGAUGAUAUUAAGGAAAUGGAGAAGUAAAUGCUAAAUAAAAAUUAUGAAUUUAUAUAAAAUCAUGAAGACCCUCAUGUCAUCGCAACUUCUUUAAAGAGACUGCUGAGUCAUAUGCCUGAACCAAUUAUUCCUUAUAAAUAAUAUGAAAUCAUAAAAUAGUUGAGUUAAAUGAAGGACAUUUAGUUGAAAAAGAAAAAAGUUCACGAAAUUGUUGAGCAGAUACCAGUUUUAAAUUUUAGAGUUUUAAGGCAUAUUAUUGAUUUGCUAAGAACUGUUUCCAGAUAUAGUGAAGCUAAUUUAAUGAAAAUGGAAGCCUUGACAAAAAUUUUUGCUCCUACUUUAAUAAGAAGUAAACCAAGUGGAGACAAAUAUAAAGAAGCUUUAGAAGAAUUGCUGAUGAAUCCUACAGUAGUUGAGGUAGUUUAAAUAAUAUAUUAGGAUUAUGAAGACAUUUUUUCCUCAAGAACUUUAGAUGAAUAAACGAGUAAUCAUCUUUUCAAUAACUUGCUAAAUGAAGUUAAUGACUAAAAUAAUGUGUUACAGAUAUAGGAUCCUUAUAUUAUUUAAAAAAAUUAUAAUUAUUUGGUGACUCGAGAUUCUAAUUUGUAUAUAGGAGAUAACACAGACAUUGAAAUUAAAAAUAAAAAAGUUACUCAUUAAGCAAAGAAUUAACUCAACAUGCAACGUAAUUAGAAUUUCAUUGAUGAAAAUGAUGAGGAUUCAGAGGAGGAAGAUAAUUAUGAGGAGAUUAUUCAAAGCUUUAAAAACCAAAAAAAUGCAUAAUUACAUAAAAAGGCAGAGGAAAAAUUAAAUCAGUAAAAUUAAAAUGAUGAAUAUGCGAAAACAGAUGUUGAUAUUAAAGAAAAUGAUUUCAAUAAGAGUGAAUAAGAAGAAUAAAUUUAACAAAAAGCAUAAGAUAUUUAAUAAAAAGAAGUUGAAGAAGAAUAAAAAGAAUAAGAAGUAGAUGAAGAAGAAAAAAAUGAAGGUAGACACAAAGAAAAUGAUGAAAGUGAGGAAUAAGUAGAUGACUUUGUAAUAAGAGCAAAGUCAAACACCAUAUAAAUUAAUAGCAUUUAGGAAUUAUAAGCAAUAAGAUAGCUUUUAAAUUGA